AUGGUCCCCUCAACCAUGAAGCAAUGGGUAGUCGAGAACAAGGACAAUGGCUUCGACGGCCUUGCCUUCAAGGACGCGCCCCUCCCAACUAUCGGUGAAUCAGAGGUGCUGGUCAAGCUUCAGGCUGCCUCGCUCAACUACCGAGACUUAAUCAUUCCCUUGGGUAAAUAUCCCUUCCCUUCUGGUUUCCCUGUGGUCCCGGGCUCCGACGGCGCUGGCGAGGUCAUUGAGGUCGGCUCCAAGGUCACCGAGUUCAAGAAGGGCGACAAAGUUGCGACGCUCUUCAACCAGGGUCACCAAUAUGGCCCGAUCGAUAUUCCCGCGACACAGACCGGACUAGGCGGCGUAAUCGACGGCACCAUUCGCGAAUACGGCGCUUUCGCCGAGAAGGGUCUUGUCAAGGCUGCGAAGAACCUCUCACCAGUUGAGAAUAGUACUCUGACAUGCGCGGCUCUGACAAGCUGGAAUGCGCUGUACGACCUAAGGCCGUUGAAGCCUGGCCAGGUCGUUCUAGUCCAGGGAACUGGCGGUGUGAGCAUCUUCGCUCUUCAGUUUGCCAAAGCUGCGGGUGCGAUCGUGAUCGCCACGACCUCAUCCGACGAGAAAGCUAAGAAACUCAAGCAACUGGGUGCGGAUCACAUAAUCAACUAUAGGACCGACCCGAACUGGGGCGAGACUGCUCGCGCGUUGACCCCGGAUGGUGCCGGCGUGGACCACAUCAUCGAAGUCGGUGGAAGUGGCACCCUGAAGCAAAGCUUCAAGGCCAUCAAAUUCGAGGGAGUGAUCAGUGUGAUUGGAUUCUUGGGUGGUGUCAGUCCUGCUGAUCAGCCUAGCGUUCUAGAUACUCUGAGCAACAUCUGCACGGUUCGCGGUGUUUAUGUUGGGAGCAAGGCGCUGAUGCGGGAUAUGAUUCGCGCGAUCGAAGCCAAUGAUAUUCACCCUGUUGUGGACCAUAAGGUCUUUUCUCUGGCUGAAACCCGGGAUGCGUAUGAACACAUGUGGGCUCAAAAGCACUUUGGCAAGGUGGCUGUCAGGAUUCACUAG